AUGAUGCCGCAUCUUCACCUUCUCCUUGUCCGGCCUCCGUUGGCGCUGUUGCUGUUCCUCGCGGCUUCAACGACGACCACCAGGUUCUGCGGAGCUGCCAGGGGUGCGGACUUGUCUCCACUUCGUUACCCUGUUUCAGUCGUCUAUUGAUUUUGAUUGUUCCCUACGGCGAAAUUGCUUCAUUUGUUCCUAGUCUUCGGACGAUUCGUUGUUCCUCUCUCUGGGUCUCUUCAGCAGGCACACUCACCUUCUUUUUUCAUGUGGACGGCGAUACUUUGGUGCUUUUUCUUUAAGUAGGCUAGAACUGUUGGUGAACGAGAACAGUUGUCUGGGCUGGUAUCUGUCGAUUUCAAGCGUAAUUAUGGGAUUGCAUGGGUACCAUGAAUUUUUCUCUUAUUUUCUGUCUGUGAUUAUUUUUUGGAGACGAUGUCACCCACUGCCCCAAUUUUAAGAAACAAAAAAUCGUUCUAAAAAAUUGUAGCUGGGGAAUAAUCGUCAAGGGCCACAUACUAUUUCACUAGCUGCAUUCCCUUCCACUAAAAGCCUUAUUAUCCCGUGUAAGCCAAAUACCAUUUCGAACGUAGGAUGGCUACAACUUUGUUGUUCUAUAUAUCUUGGAUGAGCUUCUCUGAUUUAUGAUAUCUAAGUCCUCUACUGAACUAGCUGCUUUUGACUUCAGUCAAUGGGUUUCAUCUGUUUGGACCAAUGGAAGGUUUUUGUGCUUCUGAGAGCAUCCGGUUCACCUAGCUUUUCUUGAUGCAACUCUUCUCUGACAACAAUGAUUUCUUAUCAUUUCCGGAAUAGCUAAUUUGAAUUUUUUAUCUUAAGUGAUAAAUUAACCCGUUUCUUCCCUUUUAUCAGAUGUUGAAUUUGGAAAUCUUACAUAUUCUUGUAGUUUAAUGAAACAAAAUCUGCAUAAGUGGAAAUGAUGAAAGAUUCUGAAUAUGAAUAUUCUCAAGGUUUUACUUGGAUGCAAUUUUCAUUAAUGUUCAUCUUUUAUUGGCACUUAUUUCAUUCCGAUUUAUUUUAUUGGAAGCAAUUAUUAUUUUUAUUUUGUGCCUUUGGUUCUACUUGUUUGAUUGUAACACACUUCUAGUCACCCACCUGAUUAAAUAGUAUUUCUAAUAAGCUUAGUUACCUUCUGUGCAGAGCCAUUUGCUCUUCGGGUGAGCUGUGGGGCUCGUGAUGAUAUUCGCACUCUGCCAGCUAAUACCUUAUGGCACAAGGAUUUUGCCUACACCGGUGGAAGAGUGGGAAAUGUGUCCCAUCCCAGUCCUAAUGCUCCUCCGCUGAAAACACUUAGAUAUUUUCCUCUUUCUGAUGGCCCCGAGAACUGCUAUCACAUCAGCAACAUUCCACUGGGGCACUAUUCGGUGAGAUUCUUCUUUGCAUUGGCCGCUGAACCCAAUGCCCAGAACGAGCCUCUCUUUGAUGUUUCCAUUGAAGGAACUCAAAUUUAUUCCUUGAGGUCUGGUUGGAGCACGAUAGCUGAGGAGUCAUUUGUUGAAGCCCUGAUAUUUGCCACAGACAGCUUAGUCUCCUGUUGUUUCCACAGCACUGGUCAUGGGGACCCUUCAAUACUUUCCAUCGAAAUUCUUCAAGUUGAUGAGAGUGCGUACUACCUCGGUCAAUCAUGGGGAAAGGAAAUGGUUCUCAGGACUGUUAGAAGGUUGUCAUGUGGUUCUCGAAAGGUAGCGUUUGAUGAAGACUACAAUGGCAACCAUUGGGGUGGGGACAGGUUCUGGACUGCCAUCAAAGGUUUUGACGAAAAGUCUGACCAAUCUAUAUCCACAGAAAACAAAAUUUCUGGAGCAUCAAUCGCACCCAAUUUUUAUCCUGAGAAACUCUACCAAUCAGCGAUUGUCAGCAGCGACAGUCAUUCUCAAAUGUCAUUUCAAAUGGAGGUGGAUCCCAACAAAAAUUAUUCACUGUGGCUUCAUUUUGCUGAGAUUGAUCCCGUGGUUACCCGUCAAGGCCAGAGGGUUUUUGACAUACUUAUAAAUGAUGAUAUCGCCUUUAAGAAUGUAGACAUUGUCCGCAUGACUGGGAAACCCAACACUGUUCUAGUGCUCAAUAAAACUGUUGCAGUGAGGGGCAGGACUCUGACCAUUGCUUUUCAUCCUGCAAAAGGAAGCCUUGCCAUCAUCAAUGCAAUUGAGGUCUUUGAAGUUAUUCCUGCAGAGUUUAAAACACUAACCGAAGAAGGUGUGCAUAUUUUUAGUCAUUUUGGUCAUGAUAUGUUAUGUAUUACUGUUAGAAUUGUUGAGUCAUUCAACUCAAAAAAAAAUGGCAACAGGUGGAGUAGGUCUGCCUUUAUAAUUAUGUUUUUAUCUUUAAUAACUAAUACUAUACUAUUCUUAAUGAUUACCAUCUUCAGUAAAUGGGAAUUUUGGGGAGCCUGCAUUGGUUAAUCAUCUUGCUUGUUCUCUGCACAAAGUUCAGUGAAUAUGAAUGUGUGUACCUAAUGGUGUGUACUCAAUUCACUGAACGAGGCAUAACAGAAGAUGAUUGGUUCAAUGAACAAGUCUAUUGGGCGUGUCCACUUGAAUUCUCGAAGAUCUGGGUCCUUGUGCCAAGGGUCUAGAUGAUACCUUGAAAACUAUAGCCCAACUGGUUAUGAUUCUCAGAAAAAAAUAACCAUCUUGCUUUUCUUAAUUCAUGGUAUUUCAGUGGUUUUGAAUGAGGAUCUACCCCUUCCUCUGUGAAUCCGCUUUCUUUUCUCUGUUCAAUUAUGAACACUUGGGACUUGAAAAUAAAGGAGAUUCAAAUUCAAUUGAACUCUUAAUCUCUUCAAUCCAUCAAAAAAAGUGUUGUCAUUCAUUUUUUGGAUAUUGGUUACUCAUAUUUUGAAUUGUGUGACAGUCGGAGCUUUGGAAAUUCUAAAGAAUGCUUUGGGGCUUCCACUUCGCUUUGGAUGGAAUGGAGAUCCAUGCGUUCCGCAGCAGCAUCCAUGGAGUGGGGUAGACUGCCAAUUUGACAGAAGAAGUGCCAAAUGGGUUAUAGAUGGACUGUAAUUACUUAAAACUUACAAAAUCAAGCAUGCAAGCUUGUUGCUUCGUUUUAUUUCUUUGAGUCAUCUGCUUUCUCCAAUUAUGAAAACCUAUAAUUAUUUCCCUUUUGUAGCUCUCCAAAAUUAUAGUCUCCCUCUUCAGCACAUGAAUUGGGCUUUUACAGUGAAUAUAAAACACUCUUCAAGAAUGAUAUGAUUUAGGUGAUGUUACAUGCUUGCUAAAGGGAAAGGUGAUAAAUACUGAUGCCACAUUAAAAUCCAGAACUGUCUGUCCCGGUUGCCUUUUAUUUUGUUUAUGUUGACCUUGUAAAAUAAUGAUUUAAUAACAAAGGGCAUGCCUUUUAGGGUAAAAGUUUUUCCACAGAAGAUAUCAAGUGAAAAUCGACAUAUGAACAUCUAUGCACUAAUUUGCAUCAUUGUAGCUUUGCUGGUCUGAAAAAUGUUUAAAUUCUUGAGAAAGAGUUUAUAUUUUCAGGUUUCGAUGUCCUUAAUUUUCAUUUUUGUGUUGGCCACCGGAAGAAUACUAGUGCUCUCCCCUUCACUGACUAAUGAGUACCUUCCAGUGAACAGUGAUAGGUGUUAGUAAAUGAAGACCAGCAAGAACUUGUCAAGUUUAUUAUGGUUAGCAAGUAAUGAAUUUUUGGCUACCUUUAGAUGGUCGUAGGUGCCUUUAUUUUUGGCUUUUUCGAAUGACUGAGUAUGUAUCAGUGCUCAUGACAACUGUGAUGGUAACUUGUGCCAUUUAGCAGUAUCGACCAUUUUUCUUUGCUGAGUUCAUUAACAUUUAUGAUGGUGAUGGGUUACAAAAUCAGAAAAGAAUAAUUGAUCAAAAUCAUGGAAACUGUGAUUGGUUAAAUAUUUUAUGAAAUGGAGAUCUCGUCAAUCGCAUUUUUGAAACUCAUUGAAGAGAUGGAGCUGCAAUUGUAGACCGAGAAAUCGAAUGAUGGAAAAGAAAGAAAGUUGGCUGCAUUAGAAUGUUGUCAAUGAUUCAACUAUCUCUGGCUAUAUCAACCUUUUUUGUUGUAGAACUGACCCAGAGUAUUCAAGCUUUUAUACAACAGAUGGAAACAUUGAGAUGAUGUAACGAGCAAAGAUUAAUUUUUGAAGUGAUAUGAAUAAAAUCUUAUGACUAUGGAUUUUGUUGUAGAGAUGGGUGGUGGGGUUUUGGUUAGUUGGAACAACAUGUGAAUCUCCUGUAGUGAAAAAGAGUCUUCCUGAUCUAAAGUUCUAGAUUCAUUGGCAUGUGCUGAGUGGUUACCUUCUUUUAUCUUGUAGAAAUGAAAUGAAAUUCUCAGUUGAUAAUGCCACAGAUGAAAAUUGGAUCUGGAGAGGAAAUCAACCAUACUGUGCAUUACCAUUUAAUGAGAACUUUUGACUAGAACUUGUGGAAAGUGAUAUGGCUCGUCAUCUGUCCUUCCUUUCUGUCGAUGUAAAUGAUAAAAAACUGUUGAUACUUGUGAAUAGGACCUAGCAUCAUUUAAAUUUCACUGACAGGGCCAAAUGAAGGUGUAUUUAUAUGACCACAUCUAGAAAUUAUUCUUUUGAAUUUUCAUUUCUGGUUGAUUUAAUUUGGAAGCUGUCGCGGCUCUCAUUGCCUUGAUUCACUAUGUUUUAUUUGUAGCAGAACCUAAUUUGUUUUUUGGUUUUUCCCUAUGUGCAGUGGUCUUGACAACCAAGGUUUAAGAGGAUUUCUACCAAGUGGGAUAUCUAAAUUGCGUCAUCUGCAGACCAUGUAAGUUGAUGAGCUUUUUGUUAAUAUCUGUGUUUCGGGCAGUUUUCCAAUGGCAGCUUACUGGGACUGUGCAGAUACUUAAACAGAUAAAAUAUAGAAAUAAAUACGUGCAUUUCUUUUAUCAUCCUUCAGGUUUAGCUGAUGUAUUCUGCUUUAUUUCUUAAGGUUAUAAUACCAUCUGGCUUAAGUUCCCAGAAUCUGGGUCUGUGACUGCUUCCCAUGUGUUCCUUUUCUUUCUGGUACCUAGAGUUCUAAUCUCCCAUUGGGUUGUGAUCGGUCACUAGCCAACACUCUCUUGCCCCACCAACCUCAAGCUGGCGGCCUCAUUCCCAACGGGGUCGCAAGUGAAGAUCGUUUUACCACAACAGUCUACCAGAUACUCAUUUGUAGUUCUUUUUAGACAGUUGAUUACAGUUGGUUCGAUAUCGUUAUAUACACUUGUUAGAGGCUCAUAAUCAGUUGUCGGGAACCUUUAUCACUCUCUUUGAUGUUAUUGCUUCUCUAAAGUUUUUCUGAUUCUAGGUCUCAAUGCCUGUAAUUCCAUACUUGCAGACAAAAAACACAAUUUAUGGUGUUGGAUAGGGCUAAAUACACUAAAAUACGGAGUGCUUAGUGACUUGAUUGUGGUUUUGGUUUAUGGGCUAGUAACAAAGUAAUUGCUUGCGAAUGGGGAAAUGUUACUUGUAAUCUUAGGAUUAUUACUUGUAGAGUCUCGAAUAUUUAUCCUUUUUUUUAGGUCUGUUGGUUCCACAAGGUCUGAUAUGCGUUUAGAGAGUGCUAGGUAGAUUGGUAGGUUAAUAGUCUUGGUGAAGCACAGAAGGUUAUUCUGUUUGGCUUUAUUGUCUGUCCUAUGUAAUAAUGUGGAUCUCCAAUAGAAGGUAGAUGUCUUUUCUGCUGUGAAAGAAGUUGUUCACAAGAUUAAAUAAGACUGUUGAGAAUUGAGGUGUUUUGGAUGGGAAUUGCACUAUCUCAAUCUGUGGACAGUAAAAUUCUGUGUAGAAGGUCAUAGAUGUUGUCAAAUUUCUUUUGUCAUUAUUGAAUACUGAAUUGGUCUAUUCAGAUCCUAGGGGACCAAUUCGACGAAACUUGUUAUCGUCGUUUUUCUUAAUGGGGACGAUGUAGGUGAUGGCUGGCUGAUCCUUUUUUGUCAAAGUGCUAUUCUUAGCAAUAUUUGGCUGGUUCUUGCCUCGUAGAUCUAGCAUGAAAUCCUGGUUAAUGUGCGUAAUUGGCUUGACCCAGGUGGAAGAAAGAACACAAUUUCGGCUAACAUUCUCAGAGGUUAUGUUCCCGAAUUCCCCAGUACAUUUACUGUCUGCAUCUGAUCUAAUGUGGAGACUGGGCAUUCUCAUCAAAAAAGCUUAACACGUUUCUCUGAGUGGAAAUGCAGCAUCCUAUUCGACUGUGAGUGGUUGUAUUUUGUAGUUCUGUAGAAAUUAUGACUUUUCUGUGUUCCGAGGUGAACACUUUAGAGAUGAUAGAAUUGAUGAUUGUUGGGAUCAGAAAAUCCUCUGUAGUAAAAAGUUUUGAGCGACGAGAAAAGGGACAAGAAGAAAAAAUGGCUUACUCCCAAGAUUUCUAAUAGUACACUCAACACAAGAGUUAACUGUCACACGGUGGACAUAAGGGGUGUCACACAAACUCUAGGAGUAGCAACUAGUCCCCAUAUAACUCCACAAUGAUUGUUGGACCAGGACAUAAGAGGAAGUGGAUUGUGUGACAUUCAACUUGCUAAACAGGAUGAGAACUCGGCUAAUGCAUAUUGGAUGUAUUGUUCACCAAGUCAGAGUACUCCACAAGAAGAGGGUGUUUGGGUUAUUUGGCUGGAAAGUUUUCUAUCUCUGCUUGUUGGUUUGACUUCAUCGAAGUCAUGUGUGAGUUGACGAUGAGCCUUGUGGUUGGGAAAGAAAAGGAAAAGAGAAAGCUGAUCUUCUAAAACGCAUGUUUAUAUGGAAGAGAUUUUCAUAAAAUGGGUGUCAUGCUUUAUUUGACGAAGAUUUAUCUUCCCAGUUCACAUUUGUUAAUGGUGCCUCGCUGGUUUUAGACACGCAGAAAUGGUUAAGGAUGCUGUUGUUUCUGUAAAUAUCACGAAUAAUUUAUAAUAGGCCCGAAAUUAAGCUUAUGUGUCUAUGGGAAUGAAAAUUUUACUUUGAUCAUUUCAGGCUUCACCUCUUAAGGGCAGACAAUCUUAGACGAUUUACUAAAAACCGUUUCCUUAAUGCCUUCUUUACUUAUAUUUCUUUUUUACACCACUGAAUUUAAUAUUUCUGUUCAAUAAAGCAUCGAAAUUAUUUUUAAAAAUAUAAUAAUGAAUUAAUUAGAUUCUCUGAUCAGUUGGAUAGGGAUGGUUGCCUUUUUAGGUAUGAAAGCUUGCUGGUUGAUAAUUCUGUCCAUUUAUCUUUCUAGUUUAUAAAAGUGGGCGAGAGUAUUUUGCAAUCUGAGAGGGACUCAGUCUAUCUUUUCGAGAGCCCUCAAUAUUUGAGUUGCCCGGAGUAUAUAUACAAUUCAAUUGGAAAGGGGAUUUUCCCUCUUUGUCAGAGCUCGUAAAUGUUUGCUCUUCUUUUUCAUAAGUGAUGAUUAAAUGUCACUAUUAACUUUCAAGGCAAAAGGAAUGAUAAGUCUAUAUAAGAUGCAUUCAGAAAAUGGAGAAUUUCUGAAGCAUGCUUUGUUACUAUUUUAGUGUCGGUGGAACCUGUUUGGUAUUGAAAGGCAUAUAAACUUUUUCUGUGACAAUUGAUUCAUUUCAUUCAACUUUUUAAUGUUUUUCUACACUCUGUCGGUUUCUAAAGCAUGGUUUUUGUGACUCCUCUUGUGUCGGUGGAACCUGUUUUCUAUUGAAAGGCGUUGACUUUUUCUGUUACAAUUGAGUUAUUUCAUUCAAUUUCUUAAUAUUUUUCUACAGUCUGUCUGUUUAAAGACUGAUUGGUUUGUUCCUUUUCAUACUAGAAACUUGAGCGGAAAUGCCAUCCAUGGACCUAUACCAGAUUCUCUUGGAAGAGUCUCUGCACUAGAAACACUGUGCGUAAACUUCUAAAGCUUUUUGUUUUUCUAUGCAUAUGUUCUCUUUCUAUAUACAUCUUCGUUUUUUGAAUGUUUUCUCUUCCAGGAAUUACAUCUAUUCUUACCCACGAGAAAGUUACACCCACAUACUAGCCCUAGAAAUUUAAUAUUCUUGAUUAUUUUGAAACUAGGACGGAUUAAUUUUAUGUUUAAGACGAAAAUUGAAAGAUCUUGCUGCUAAAUUAUACCAGAAAUACGAAGCCCACUUUCUCUGGUUAGACUAGAAGAGGAACAAAGUCAACGAUUAGGACAUUGUCUUGACAUUUGCAUCGUGCUUAUUUCUUUGCAUCCUUUGAAUUUACAAGUUCUUCGUUUUUAGUGAGUUCGUUUCUCAAGUUGUCUUUUCGAAGGUUGACUGCAUCUGGAAUUGAAUUAUAUCAUGCUAGGGCCUUCAACGAAAAACUAGUUUAUAGUUCAACUUUUCUAGAGAGUUUACCAUUUUACGUUUGGAGAAAAACAAAACGAGUUCAUGGUGUCAGGGAGUGCGUAUGGUGUCUCACACGUGGCAACAUAGUUAAAAUGCUCUAAGACUGAAAAAGUUAAAGGUUAUUUCUUAUUAAGUUUCUUUGAAUAUGUAAUCCUUGGAAAAAUCUAAUCUCUACUGAUUCAUUGAAUUCGCAAUCACUACAAUGACUUCAUCCUGUGGUGGAUAGCCUCUGAACUCACUUUUCUGAACUCGUUAAAGUCAAUGGACCAUAUUUGUAUUAACUGUGCAUAAUAAGUCGAUUUUUGCAGAGUCUUGUUUCCGCAAUCAUAUUAUGAUUCAAAUUUUUAAUUGGGUCUUUUUUGUAAAUUUGAUGAGUUCUUCAUUCGAUCAAAUUCCAAUACUAAAAUAUUCAUUUCGAGGAAAAUAGUUAAAGUCCAGUUUCCCAUCUAGAGGUUAAAGGUCCAUCAAGUAAAGAGUCAAUAUAAUCUCAUAAAAAUCAUUUUCUAUGAAUCCACUAAGCAUUCAAAUGAUUUCUUUUCAUGUGGAAACUACUUCGAUGCAUAAUUAUGCAUGACUUUAUUAAAAGGAAUCAUUGUACUAACAUGUAACUGUGCAUUGAUUUAUCUUUUAUCCUUCACUGGAAGGUAGGAUCUGUUUUUUGGCCCAAAAUAUUCUCGUUCACCUUUCGUUCAAAAUCAAAUAUCUUUAAAAUUUUCCUCUCGUUAGUUUUAUUCCACUAGUAGAAGUACAUGCUUUUUUUGCUGAUUGGAGAUGGGAGAGAUGUUUGAAAUUCAAAUGAAAAUAUCUAGUUGUAAGAAUUGUCGAGAAAUUAUGAAGAAUCUAGCAAAGUUAAAUGAAUUGCAAGACUGCCUAAAUACGUUAAUCUCUUAUAGGUAAUCUAAAACUCUAUGAAAUUACAAAGUUCUGAGGAAACAUUAGCACGCAAGGAAAAACAUCAAUCUCUAAAACUUUUAAUCAUAAAUAAGGAAGACUUAUGAUGUGCAAAUAAAAUGUUUUUAUUAUUCGCUAAACAUUUAAAUAUAUUAGGAUUAAUAAUGAUAAUUAAAAAUUAUGGAAUUUUCAAGGUAAUGAAAUAAAAUAGUAAAAGCAUUAAAAAUAAGUGGAGAUAUUUAAUUUGAAAAAUAAAUUAUCUCGAUCCUCUUAUAAAAGAUAAAAUAUAAAAAUUGAAAUGAAUAAACACAGGCGCACAAUCACAUCACUAUUUUCGGAAACCGGUUCGUACUGGAUAAUCAUUAAAUAAAAGGGUCUGUGAAUUCGCAUGAACCGUGAACUGCCAAAGUAUAGAACGAACCUCUCUUCUGUUUACUUUUCAUUGUUUUUAUGUAUUUACACUUCAUCAGAAAAAUUUAUUUGACCUGGUGCAACGUGGCAAAAACAUUUUUGGUUCCUGCUAAUCAUUUGACACCGGCACUAGACUUGGAUCGGUGUUCUUUUGAUGAUUUAUGCUACCUGUUCAGUAUGCCAAGGAUUACACUGUCUUCCAACAUUUCUAGGCAAGAACAUAAUUUUAUGGGUUUAAAAUGAAACGGAUGCUGGUGUGUACUCUUUCGCUACUUAAAGGUGGAAUUGUAUUCGCAUAGAUUUUUUUUCUUCUUCCACUUGAAUGUGAAGUUUCACAGCAGAAAGGAGGUUCCUAUUCAUCAAGCUUUCUUAGUCGGCUGCCUAGAAGCUAGCGGGUAGGAAUCUUUAUUGCCCAUCAUCAAGCCUGUCACCAAUUGGAAUUUUUCUCCAUUGGCCGCUGCUUUGUUUCCUAUUCAGUCAAGAACACCACCGAAACAAAAGAGAAUAUCCAUCCUCAUGUAGGGUCAUCAUCGUAUCAUUUCCAUAGAACAUUUUUGACGAUUUUUUUGCAUUUUGUAGUGAAGAUUCGUUGAUAUUCAUCACCAAUUUUCAAAAGAAGUAUCAUAGACAAUCACAUAGACACUGUCACUGAAACAGAAAACAGACGGGUAGCCUUGGAAGAUGGCACUGUCACUUAGCGUGGUAGGUUUAGUUCCGUCUUUCUACUAAAAAAUGCUCUGAAUGGCCAAAGUGUCUCUCAAAAAAACUUUCGACGCAGUAGCUUUGAGCCAAAGUCCGCAUCAUUAUAGUGGCAAUUAUUUCAAUUCAGGUUGUUGUCACAGUUUAUAUUGCAGCGCUUUGCAAAGCUUUUGUUUAUUUAUACGGACUUCAAUGUAAUAUGAUUGAAAAAUUUUAAUUUUCCCCAACUCAAUGCGAACUUUGAUCAUGCGUUCUUUAUUCACAUCAUAACAUUGAACUGUGCAGCAAAUAUGCAAAGCAUGCAUACCCCAAUUCACUUGAUUUUCUUCUUCCUACUUGAGUUUGCAAGGUCCUUUGUCCGUCAUUAAAUGGGCAAAACUCCUAGCAAUGUUAGGAAGCAAAUACCUUCAAGUCAUAAAAGGAAAAUUAUUAGUUGAUGCAGCUUUUAAUUAACUAAAAGAGGGUUUUUUUUGCAGAGAUCUCUCAUACAACGUGCUGAAUGGUUCCAUCCCUGAGACGCUUGGCCAACUGAAACGGCUACGGAUACUGUAAAAAAUUGAUCUCUGAGUUUUGUUUUUAUUUUUUAUUUUAUUUUUACUAUUUCCGGGAAUAGGAAGCAUAGACUUAUGAGAGCCUGGAUCUGCAUGACUGCGUAGGAAUCUCAAUGGAAACUUUCUAUCUGGAAGGGUUCCUGCCUCUCUUGGAGGACGGCCUCUUCACAGAGCUAGCUUCAAGUGUGUAGUUUCUCUUGAUCCGAUCCAAUUCAAAAAUUUACAGUUUUUUUUUUUUUUUAAUAACCUGGGAUUUUCUGCUGCCAUUGGCAGUUUCACUGGCAAUGGAGGGCUUUGCGGCAUACCUGGGCUACCCUCUUGUGGUCCUCACCUCUCCUCAGUAGCCAAGAUUGGGAUUGCACUGGGAUCAGUUCUUGCAUUUCUUCUACUGGGCACUUGUCUAAUAUGCUGGAGGAAAAGGAGGCAGAAUAUCCUUCGGGCCCAGAGGAUCGCCACCGGUAGGCCCACCCCCAUGCACACAACCCUACCCUUUUUUCUUUUUCUUUUUUUUUCCUUUUAUAGAAAAAAAAAAUCUCAGAACACAUGUCAUUCAGGAUUUCUGAUUCUGGGUCUAUUAGUAAAUCUUGCACUGUUUAAUCUCAUUGCAGCAAGGGAAGCCUCAUAUGCGAAGGCGAGGACGCAAUCCUCGCGCGAUCUGCAGAUGGGCAAGCAGCAACGCAUCCAGGAACCAUUUAGGAAUUCUGUCAAUUCUGGCCUCACUUGA